GCCGCGCGGGAGGGCAGGGCGCGCGGACCCCGCUCUCAGUCCGCAGACUCCGCGCCUGAGCGAGCGCGCUGGGCACUCGCUGGCCGCCCGCGCACCGACGUAGCGGGGCGCCGCGGGAGCCCGUGCGGGGCGGCCGUCCGUCCAUGCGGCAGCGCUCGGGAAGCACGCGGGGCUGAAGCCGCGGCCGCUCCGGACCAGUCCAGUUGUUGAGCACCACUUGAGCCUGCGGAGAACUGGGGACACCUCUGAGGAGCCCUUGCUAGGAUCUGCAGCAUCAUGGUUUUCCAUUGCAGAAGCUGUCUCAGUGCCCUGGGCGCCCUCCUGCUGCUUGGUUUUCAGCUUGUCUGCCCGCAGCCCUCCACUGAACACAGAAAGGUCCCGCAACGGAUGGCCGUGGCCGAGGGGAUCCCGGAGGACAGCAGUGGCGGCUCCCCAGGCGUGUGGGGUUCCUGGGGCCCCUGGUCUGCCUGCUCGCGCAGCUGCAGCGGCGGUGUGAUGGAGCAGACCCGGCCCUGUCUGCCCAGCUCCUACCGUGCCCGAGGCGGCCCACGACCCAGCGGCCCUUCGCUAUCCAUCACUGGCCACGUUGUGUCAGCUGUGCGCACCUCAGUGCCACUGCAUCGAAGCCGCGAGGAGCAGCGCGCCCCAGCUGGCUCCCAUGCCAGCCGCCCAGGCCCCACAGUGGUUCGGGGCAGCCGGCACCCGCAGGCCCGGGGCCGUGAGCCCUCAGAGAGAAGGGGCAGGACCCAAGGUCCCAUCGGCCCUGGCAAGUAUGGCUAUGGGAAGGCUCCCUACAUCUUACCACUGCAGACAGACACCACGCACACCCCACAGAGGCUUCGGAGACAGAGGCCGUCGUCCAGGCAUUCCAGGUCCCGGGAGGCACCCUCUUCUCGACAGGGCUUCAGGCCCCCAAGCCGCCCGUUCUCCCACAGUGGCUCUCCUUCUGCACUGCCAGCUUCGGAGGCCUCUCACUACCAGCUGCCUUUGACUCACGAUCAAAGCUAUCCUGCAGCCUCCAGUCUCUUCUACAGCCCAGAAAUGAGCAGCGUCAACGGUGCUAGGCCCCAUGGGGCAGCUCAGGCUUUUCCCCAUCAUCUUCGGUCUACUGCAAUCUCAUGCAUUGGGGCCUAUCGGCAGUACAAACUGUGCAACACCAACGCGUGUCCGGAAAGUGGAAGAAGUAUCCGGGAGGUGCAGUGCGCAUCCUACAACAAUAAGCCAUUCAUGGGCCGGUUUUAUGAAUGGGAACCAUUUGCAGAAGUGAAGGGUAAUCGCAAGUGUGAGCUGAACUGCCAGGCGACCGGCUACCGCUUCUACGUCCGACAAGCCGAGAAGGUCAUCGAUGGUACCCCCUGUGAUCAGAACGGCACGGCCAUCUGCGUGUCGGGACAGUGCAAGAGCAUUGGCUGUGACGACUUCCUGGGAUCCGACAAAGUUGUGGACAAGUGUGGGGUGUGUGGCGGUGACAACUCGGGCUGCCAGGUGGUGUCCGGAGUGUUCAAGCACGCGUUCACCAGCCUGGGCUACCACCGCGUGGUAGAGAUUCCCCAGGGAGCCACAAAAAUUAACAUCACAGAGAUGCACAAGAGCAACAACUAUUUAGCCUUGCGAAGUCGCUCGGGCCGCUCCAUCAUCAACGGGAACUGGGCCAUCGAUCGCCCGGGGAAGUAUGAGGGCGGAGGGACCAUGUUCACCUACAAGCGGCCCAACGAGAUCUCCAGCACGGCCGGGGAGUCCUUUCUGGCUGAAGGCCCCACCAACGAGAUCCUGGACGUCUAUAUGAUACACCAGCAGCCCAACCCAGGAGUCCACUACGAGUACGUGAUCAUGGGCGACAACGCCAUCAGCCCACAGGUGCCACCGCACAGGAGACCAGGAGAACCUUUCAGUGGGCAGUUGGAAGUGGAAGGUAGAGGCCAGGAGGACAGAGAAGACAGGGAGAAGAGCCAGGAGAAGGAAGACCCACAUGGCGAGGCCCCUGAGGUGUUCACGUCAGAAUCCACACAGACCUUCCCAGUCAGGCAUCCCGACAGAUUCCCCUCCCACCGACCAGACAACCUGGUACCCCCAGCACCGCAGCCCCCCAGGCGAAGCCGGGACCACAACUGGAAGCAGCUGGGGACAACAGAAUGCUCCACCACCUGUGGGAAAGGAUCGCAGUACCCCAUCUUCCGCUGUGUGCACAGAAACACCCACGAGGAGGUUCCCGACAGCUACUGCGACCCCAGCAUGAAGCCGACCCCGGAGGAGGAGCCCUGCAGCCUGUUCCCCUGCCCAGCCUUCUGGGACAUCGGGGAGUGGUCUGAGUGCAGCAAAACCUGUGGCCUGGGCAUGCAGCACCGCCAGGUCCUGUGCCGCCAGGUGUAUGCCAACCGCAGCCUGGCAGUGCAGCCCUACCGCUGCCAGCACCUGGAGAAGCCGGAGACCACCAGCACCUGCCAGCUCAAGAUCUGCAGCGAGUGGCAGAUUCGGACCGACUGGACUUCGUGCUCAGUGCCCUGCGGUGUGGGGCAGCGGACGCGAGAUGUGAAGUGUGUGAGCAACCUCGGGGACGUGGUGGAGGACGAGGAGUGCAACAUGAAGCUCCGGCCGAACGACAUCGAGAACUGCGACAUGGGGCCCUGUGCCAAGAGCUGGUUCCUCACAGAAUGGAGCGAGAGGUGCUCGGCGGAGUGUGGGGCCGGAGUGAGGACACGUUCUGUGGUGUGCAUGACCAACCUUGUCAGCAGCCUGCCUCUGGAAGGCUGCGGGAACAACCGGCCGGCAGAGACUACGCCCUGUGACAACGGGCCCUGCACAGGCAGGGUGGAGUGGUUCACUGGCGGCUGGAGUCAGUGCUCCAUUGAGUGUGGCAGUGGGACACAGCAGAGGGAGGUGAUCUGUGUUCGGAAGAAUGCAGACACCUUUGAAGUGCUAGACCCUUCUGAGUGUUCCUUCCUGGAGAAGCCCCCGAGCCAGCAAGCCUGCCACCUCCAGCCCUGUGGAGCCAAAUGGUUCAGCACAGAAUGGAGCAUGUGCUCCAAGAGCUGCCAGGGCGGGUUCCGCGUGCGGGAAGCGCGGUGCCUGUCGGACGACGCCACCCCGGGGAGCCUGUGCGACCCCCGCUUGAAGCCAGAGGAGAGAGAAUCCUGUAAUCCGCAGGACUGCGUCCCUGAAGUUGAUGAGAACUGCAAGGACAAGUACUACAACUGCAACGUGGUGGUCCAGGCGCGCCUCUGCGUCUACAACUACUACAAGACGGCCUGCUGCGCCUCCUGCGCCCGAGUGGCCGGCAGACACGCGGGCUUCCUGGGGAGCCAGUAACACCACCCUCCACACGGUGCCCAGGAGCUUAGAAAGCCACAGCAGCCCUUUGAGCAUCGCCCCGUCCUCCCUUCCUCGAGACCUGGUGCCUGCUCUCGGCGCCUCCGAAAAACCAAGCGUGCAGCUCUCAGCCCAGCCUCAGGCUUGCUGGGUCCAGGUCAGCAGCUGGGCCACUGACCACGCACAGCCUCCUUCCAGGUGCUGCCGGCCUGCCGCUGUUAGCACCUUUGGAAAGUGGAGAAAGGACAGAACUCCAUCCUACCACACCAACAAGCCUCGCUGAGACCUGUGCGCCCCUGUUACCCCAGCCCCGCUGUGCCAUUGCCAUUCUUAAAGACAACAGACUGUUUCCUGCCUCAGGACAGAGGUAGCGCACAGCAGGGCUUUCAUCUUUAGCAGGUACGCACACUCUCAGACAGUAACUCGCUGGAGGCUGCAGCACCCCAGAAUGGGCUCAGGGGUCAACACGUGUUCCCACUUUACCAGUAAGGAAACUGAGGCUCAGCUCAGGUAACUGACCUGCUAUUUUGUGGCAGGGCUAAGUGCCUACCCCAGAUGGCUGAGCACAGCCCUCAUCCCACAGCACCGCCAGUGGCCACCCGGCUUCUGUCCAGGGCCUGGGGCUUCCUGUCCAACCAGGAAGCUGAGAAGUUGUGCGUUCUACGAACAGUGGCUGUCCUCUGUCCCUAAGUGCUGCCUCAACUGAGAUUUUAGUUCUUUCUGGAUGCCUGCACCCCUGGCCCAUUUCCCUCAGACAGCCCUGAUGAUAGCACCCUGUGAUGUUUGCUAAGGUCCAUCUGACAGAACUGUCGCACAAGACAAGAAAGCCACAAGGAGAGCUGGGCCGUUGCCAGGGAUUCUCUGGGGCAGAGCCAACUCCCGAAUCCCACAGGCUCUUGCUUCAGUCUCUCUGGGUUCUUCACGAUGUACCACCUAGUGGAAAGGCCCGUCUUACCAGCAAGUCUCCAGGUUGCAGUAGGAAGGGUCUUGGGGCCUUGUGGGUUGACUAACGAGGUUCUUGCCUCCCAGCCCUCUCUUCCACUGAGACUCAUGACUCUUCCCACAAGACUUUGCCAUCAAUACAAACUUAAGUGCUGGGAGAAGGGGCUAGGAAGCCCUCCCUCCCCAUCGUUGCUGACCCACAUUGUUGCCCUGGGCCUGAAGGGACUCGGUAUAUGGAAAGGCAAGCCGUCUCGAGGUGCGUGGGGAGGCGAUGAGGGAGAAUGUUCUUUCUUUAAAAUUGUAAAUGUACAGGAAGUCUCUUCUUUCGGGCCCCGGCACGCUUCUCUCAAAGCAAGCACGUGUCCCCUGCACAGGCUGCCUCCCAUUGCCUGCACCAGCCUGCAGUGUGACGAUGUUCGGCUGUGGGGAUGGGGUCUCCUGUCUGACCCGACGAACUCCGCCAGGAUCCCGCUGGCUGUCUUCUGUGAGUAGCUCCCGGCACCCAUCUCUGCCUGGGAAGCCAGGCACCACAAAUCAGCAGCGGCGCCUGUAGGUGCAGACACAGCCCAGCAGAGGCCGCUCUUGCACUGGCAAGCCACCCUUUGGCAGUUUCUGUCCAGUUCCCACUCUGUCCCUCUCACUGCGCGCCUUGGCUUGUCCCAGCCACUUUUCCCCUCUUUCCUUUUUUCCCUUCAUGCAGCGAGUCUCAGACCUUGCUGGACAAACCAGUCAUUUGAAGGAUCACUUGCGAGGUGUUCGUGUACAUGCCAGAGAGUAAGACAUGAGCGACCUGUGGGUAAAGUGAGGGUCGGCGUUAGCUCUAGGCAAGGAAAAUGUCCUAACGACAAAAGCCACCCAGCAGUAGCUGUCACGGGGCCCAGAGGACUUCCCUGCAGAGAGUGAGCGCUCUGCUCCCUCCAGUUCACACAUUCCCAGGGCUGGGGUGUUGGUGGCUUUGUUCGUCCUGUGUCUCAGAUGUCACCAGCCGUUCUUAGGAACAAUGAUCUUCCUGUAGCCGGAGUAGGUCAGAGCAGAUGGGUUAGGUCCGAGUCUUCAGGAAAAUAAAUAAAUAGUAAUAACCAAAAAAAGAAAGAAAAGAAAAGAAAACACUCCUCUGAGCUCAAUGGAUUUUUUGGUUUUUUUCGAGGAAAAAGGGACUGUUUCCAGGAGGUCAGUCCCCUUCAGAAGGUGAGAGGCUUCUAGAAUGGGCUCAGCUAGCCUCCUUGUUUGGAAGGCCAGUCUGCUGAUGUCCUGGCUUCUUUCCAUCACUGCAUCCCUAGCACAGUAUAUGCAGGGGAGCCUUGGGGCUCCCAGUGACCACUGGGGAUGGCUGCCUGUCCCUACCCAUGGUUCCUUAUCCGCCAUCUCCUCAACCCUCUCCACAUUCCCUUCAAUUGUGAUGUGGAAUUGAAAUUUCUGUUUCAAUAUUGAUCCCCCUCCCUGCCCCCAGUGUGCCGGAUGGCCACAUCCCCAGCUCUGAAUGAAAAAUUAGAUAAAUUAAAGCUACUGUGUAGCCUUUCUCAACAGAAAUCAACAGAGCCCCAAAUGAGGAGCAUGCGCUAUUUCUCACUCAUUGGAAAACAAAACUUUCCGCUGCGCAGUCUGCAUUGCCGGUGACCGCUCAGGCCAGCUGGGAAUAUGCUAUCUGGCCCUAGAGAGAGCAGCUCCCCUCGUAACCGUGUUCAGACUAGGGAGAAGUCCGGGGAGCUUUGCUCCUCCAUCUCAGAGGCUCAGGGACUGAGUUCUCCCAACUGCCGCAGCUGCUCCUUUUAGUACUGUCAGCCCAGGGUUUCUGUGUUCUGCCUUCCCUCCUUGAUUUUUGCCUGCAUCUUCUGUUUGUUCUCUGAGCAUUUACACUCAGCCUUCUCUUCUUUAAAGGCGGCUUUCUAGAGGGCUGGAUGAAAGGAGACGCUAGAUUAGUUUGUUGUGUGGUACGGAGAAAUCUAGAUAUCGCUAACACUUGCCAAGACAGUCUGCCCACUCCGUUAAUAGCUGUCUUAGCAUUUCACACAGGAGACAGAGAGUUUUCCUACAUAAACAUAAGGAGCAAAACAAGGCAAGACUACAUUGCAACCGGGUGAGGGAGUCCUGAGCCCUGCAGGCGGAGACCAACAGCUGGUGCUUGCCAGAUAAAACAUUUUGAUGGUAGCCUAGAUGUCUUAGAAGAAAUAGCCAAUGCCCUGAGCUUGGAGAGCCAACAGUAAGGACAAGAGGGGCCUGAAAAGAUUUAAAACAAAAACCAAAAAACUGAAGAGAAAAACCUAGAUUUCAACAGUUCACCGGGAAGUCCUCCCUUCAGAUUAAAAUAAUAACUAUGCAACUGAAAGGUGAUAGAAAGGGAAAAAUUUCAGCUAAGUUCAAGGUGAGUCAAGAGAGGGGGAGGAAGUGUCAAAAUACCAGCAAACCCUGGACCAGUGAGUUAGCUCAGACAGCCAAGUGCUGAGGAGCUGAGUUCGAGUCUCAGAACCCACAUGCCAAAAGCUGUAUGUGGUGGUACUCAGUGUAAUCGCGGCAGAGGCAGAGACAUGCCAUCCCUGGGCUCACUAGCUGGCCUGCUUGGCAAGUUCCAGGCCAGGGCACAAAACACCUGAAGAACAGUCCCCUGAUGUCCACAUGCACGCCCAUAUAUGUAUGUGUGGAUAAGCUGUUCUGCUUCCCCCACGGCCACAGAGAAAACACGGGUGAGGGUCAGGCCACAUGUGUAUGUAGGAAGACUGCUGCUCGUCUGCAGUGUUCAGAUGGGGUUUCCCAGUCCUGAUAAAGAGGACAGCGGGACUUCUGAGGUGUGAUAUCAGCAGGAGUGACACCAAUAGAAUGCUCUUAGGAGACAGACGGAGAGGCCUCAGCAAACCGGUUGCUCUAACAGAAGAGCAACUUUCUGCAGCUAGAACCUUCCAUGGGUGCAGGGAAGCUGGGAAUAGUGACCUUCCAGAGAGGUGUCAGCUGAGACGCUACUCUGGGGUGUUGGGUGGGAAGGAACCCGGAUCCCUUUCCCGGAUCCCUUUCCUGGUAACGUGCUGUUCAAGGCCACCUCCGAGUCCAGGAUUCUCCAAGUGGAAAAGCUCUGAACGACUCAUUCAUCUCAUUCCUAACUGCGACCACCUUGUCACCAUUUGAAAUCCGUUAGUCCCCUCCUGUGAGGCCUCAUGAGGCACGUGGCCUCACACGGCAGCCGCUGUCAGCCCGGAAGAGCCAUCUCCAUGUGCUUCCCAGAGGGGCACACGGACACAGGGCCACUAACCGCCUGCCUGGGGUCACAUGAGGAGGCAGCCUUGACCGGCGUGGGCCGCUCCCUCUGGUCUCUUUUGUAAAAUCACCUUGCCUUCCUGAGGGAGCCCUUGCUGACAGAGUCACUCGCUGCCCCAAACCACCGUUUGUGCCUGAAUCCUCCUUCUGUUGGGAUGCCCAUCAGGCUGUGGAAAGUGCCCCAAGAGCUCCCAGUCUCUGCCGAUGAUGAGCCCCUGGCCCCAUUCUGUUACACCCACUAACUCCCACCUUCCUGGGCCCCCCAGACCCACCAACCACCUAACAGAAGGAUAUACUUUGCUGUAACUUAUUAUUCUCUGUAAAUACAAGAUGUUUAUAGGAAAUAUGUAUUCUGAACUAUAUCUGCAGAACGGAUUGUGACACCCAAAUAGUUCUGUUAUUUAGAAUAUAUUCAUCUUAAAGGGACCUAACUGGUAUUUAUUUACAUAUGCCACCCACAUUUGCAUAAAAUUGUUUGCUCGUACUAACCCAGCUUUCUGGCAUGUUUCUGCACCACAGUGUCUUAAUCUGCAUCAGUCCUUACAGUUAUUUAGUACAGUGAUUGAGCAAACUUUUGAGGGUUUAAGAUCAAGUAUAACUAGCUUUCCCCCCUGGUAUUGUGCCUGACGAAGACUGUCACCUUUCUGUCUUAAAUAUUAUAUUUUCUCGUAUAACCCACCGUCUCCUCCCACCCAAGCACUUGGAGGGGAAGGGGAGUUGUCUUUCUGGUCCCUCCUCAGUGUGUGGUCUGCUGUUAGCUUCACCAGCCUCCCAGCUCAGGAGCUCCGAGCUCUGGGCAGCUUGGCUUGAGGGAAACACUGGGAGACAGAGCAUUCUCAGCUCUGAUAAUCCCAGGUCUCUGUUGGGGGUUGUAGGGCAGCCCCUCAAGAAUGACCUGUGAACCGCAGGAGUAAGAAGCCGCUGAGGACAUCUUUUACAGUGUUAAAUUAGUGCGGAAGAUGAAUGGACGAUGAAUUAUAAGAGCAAAUGUGGGCUGUUUUCAGCACUCUUUUGUGUACAACUAAUUUAUUUUUACUGUAAAAAUACAAUAAACUGGUUAAAAUAUC